UCGUCUCCCAUGCGUUUUUGGGGUGGGGGGAGAGGGGGAGGGGGCGGGGGCGUGCAGGUUGUAUAAUGCUAAACGCCCAGCUUGGAAAGGCCGUCCGUAUAUACUCCUUGGAUCCCACGCUGAAUAUCGAGUGAAAAUUGAUACCGAACAAAGCCAAAGUUCAUUGUUGCCCGACUUUACAGUUUACUGUCUGAGUUACACGUACCCUACACGUCCGUCUCGUUGCUGGCUAUUGUGGAAGUCACCGCAAAACCAGUGGACUGUACAGUUUAUUACAGCCAAGGACGAUGGAUGCAACAUCGGACGUAACGCGUAUGGCACGUGCCCGAACCCCAGAGAUAAGAAUCCAGCGAGAAACAGACUCUCACAUAUCCCUUAGCCCCAGCCCUCGUGGGAGCCCGGCCAGUAGCAGAGGUGGCACACCCGAGCGCUCCUCCCCCAAACACGUGAAGGGCACGAGAGCCAAAUUCAUCCGCCAGAAUCCGAGAUUCAUAAACAGUCCCAUAUGUCAGAUGGACCCGGGCUCUGGGGGUAAGUCUGUGGCCGAAUGUCUUGACUGGAGAGAGGAAGGAAGAUCAGGCGCUACUCUUAGACAAGCAGGACAUGGGUCUCCAUCACAUGACUCCACACUACGUCAAGACUACAGACCUCCCUCUCCUGACACCAGACCUCAGCCCCUCCACAGAUUCAGUACUCAGAAACCUUCCAGCAUUCCCCUUGGUCCAGCUGGAAGAGGGAGAGAGAAGAUAUCGUUUGUACACCAGUAUGACUGCAGGGCCGAGCCCGAACAGCAACCAGAGGGGGGGAAACUACAUGGCAUCUUUGUCUGGGAACCCCUCCCUCCUUCCUCUCCCUCUUCCCCAGCCCCGCCCACUAAUCGGCAGGCCCCGCCCCCUAAUCAGCAGACUUCUCACUCCAAACUGUUUCACAGCAGCUAGUAUAAUACUAUAGUACAAUUACCAACACAGCCCCUAAUAAUCAUUAACAGUCAGUCCAUUAAUCAAUCACUGUGUGCUCUCAUCAUUAACUGCAUUUUUUGUGUGUACAUUUUGUACGACGCAUUGGGUAACUAUUUCUGAGGGGGGAACUUUAAAAUUAUGUGCAACUUUGUCCGUUAUUAAUUGACGUGCUGCUGUUUAGUUUAUCCAUGGG